AUAUUUAUCAUUACAGCUAACUGCCUCGAAUGAAGUAGUUUGCCAAUGCCUUGUAAUGAUGCUAAAGUAACUGUUCGUACGGUUAUUAUAUCGGUUUAAUUUCAUUUAUUGGGCACAUUUGAAUGAUAAGUUUGUUCCACAUUUAAUUCUUGUAUCAUCUUUGGCGCCUCUGGUUACGGUUUGAGAUAGCCUUAGAAUUUCGUAAGCAAUUAUUUCAGGUUAUGUGUAUCAGAACCAAACACUUGUUAUUUUCAGUGAGCUUAUGUUUCCGCAUUGCGAGCAGGACGUGACUAGUGUUUGUCUAAACAUAUUAGUGCACAUUACGUACCUGUGCUGUUCGGCAAUUACGAAAAAUACCAGAUCGACGUGUGGUGGAUUAGGAGAGCACUCAUGGACUCCAAGGGAACUAGUUGGCUGAAAAAAGAGAAGAAUGAAGUAUAUGCUGAACCAGGCUCCUUGGUUCAGUUACACACAUCUACCAUGAAAGUAAAAGAAGAAUUGGAUGAGCAAGUGACCCAACAGUUUCUUCAAGAUCCACCAAGGAUUGUAAUGCCUAGUCUUCAUAUAAAGCAAGACCUAGAACUGAAACGGGAUUUAGAUGGCAUUGAGCAUGAUUGUCUUGAAGAUAAUUUGGUAAUCUCUCGGGCAAAUGAUUUUAUCAAGGAGGAUCCUGAACUAAAUUUGGAGGUGGCAGCCUCAAUAAGAAAUGCAUCUGAUAGUUUAAGUGUCAUUCAAAGUGCUGGUGACAGCUGUAACGUUUCGUAUCAAGAAGCAUUACAUGAAGGACUAGUCGAUGACGAUCUGGAGAUGGAUACAGAGAUGUCGACAGAUUUCAGUAUGUCUCAUAACUAUAGCAAGUUACGGACUUUACAAGAAGACAGCUUAUGUGGCACAAGAUUAAAUUGUAGCAUCAGGGAAAAGGAAUUCCAUAAGUUUAACUGUAGUUUCUGCCUACAGAGCUUCCCUUCAAAAUACAGACUCAUAAUGCAUGUCUUCAUCCACAUUGAUGGUGUGCAGGCACCUGCAUAUGUGUGUAAGUCAUGUGGUGAGGUAUUGCCCACUGAUGACAGCUUAAAAGAACAUUUGAGAAUGAGUGAGGGUGACCAAGAAUUAUCAGCUGCCAACAGCGAGAAACUUGAAUGCAGUGAUGACAUCUCCUUAGAAAGUGUACGAGAAGAAAUUGUGGAACAGACUGAGAAGCAAUCUUCGUCCAAGGAAACCAGGAAAACUUUAAGGAAAUCCUUUAGUGACAUAUGCAAUACACAUACUGUGACACAAGUUGCAGAGAAACUCAGAUGUGAUGACUAUGGAAUUAUGUGUACAAGUGAUCACGUUAAUGUCCACACUGUGCUAAGUGCAAAGAGACAUCACAAAUGUGAUGUUUGUGGUAAAUUGUUUACUCGUUCGGGCAGUCUCAAGGCACACGAAUUAAUACACACGGGAAAGAGACCCCACAAAUGCCGUGUUUGUGGAAAAUCGUUUACUCAGUCGAGCAGUCUCAGGACACACGAAUUAAUACAUACAGGAAAGAGACCCCACGAAUGCGAUGUUUGUGGAAAAUCGUUUACUCAGUCUGGCCAUCUCAAGAGGCAUUUGUUGACACACAUGGGAAACAGACCCUACAAAUAUAGUGUUUGUGUAAAAUCGUUUCCUCAAUUGGGCAGUCUCAAGAAAUAUGAAUUAAUACACACUGAACAGGGACCACACAAAGUCAACGUUGUGGCAAAUCGUUUUCAGAACUGGGUCAUCUAAAAACACAGAAAUUAAUACACGCAGGAAUGAGCCCCCACAAAUAUGAUACUUGCGGCAAAUAUUUUUCUUCCUCUGGUAAUCUCAAGGAA